CAAAGCAUAGAACAAACCGAAACGUAUAGGAUAAGUGAACAGAAAGAGUUUUGCUGGGCAUGAGCGCAAAAUAAAUUCUCUAAAAAAAUAUGCGAUAUUGUUCGCCCAUUGAUAUACACAUUUGUGGAAGCUCUGAUUCUUGCUCGUAACAACGGAUCGAAGCAGUAGUAUUGCCAAUAAAUCAAAUUAAGUGUCAGAAAAGGCAACUGCGAAGGCGAUUUGCUUUAUCAAAAUUUGCACGAAUACAACAAUGCAAAAAAAGUUCGGCCUUCGACAGUGAUUCCUCGUUUUCGUGACGUGAGAGUUGGUUGAACAUUGAAAUCACCAUCCCAACACAUCUCUUAUCUUCCUGCGGAGAAAAGGUAGUAAAUCACCAUCAACGUGCUUGGCUUGCAUCUUUACGAAUGAGCUUCAGUAAUAUUACUCAAACACAGACGGUUUUAACAUCGAUAGGAACCACGAUGAAGUCCUACAACGAAUCAAUCCAGGAUUCAGCUCAACCGGAUAUAACUUCCGUUGGUACCAAACAGCAACACUACCCGGACAAUUCGGAGAGUCUAAAUUUUUUGUUCAUCCCAUUGGCUGUCCUUAUUACGAUAAUGUUGCUGUCUGUCAUGGUGUAUCUGAUGUCAAGACGAAAGCACAAAAUUUUCUUGAAACAUCCAUACGUGCCCAGUUUUUCGUUCGAAUCGUCAGACUUGGAAGAUGAUAACGACGAGUUGGAGACUGAACACUUGCUCAAGGGUAAGCUGCGUUUGGAUGACCCUUACAUCAAAGGUAUCAAUAGCACCAGAAGUUAUACGGAAGAUCGUAACGAACUUUAUGCCUAAUUUGUUCACCGUGACUGAUCGAGACUGACUAGGGCAUUCCAAGAAGCUAUAAUUCCUAAUCAAUUCGGCCAUUCCAUUCAUCAUCCGCAUGCAUCAUUGAACUACGUUACUUAUUAUUUAUACAAACCUACUAACAGGUAAGAAAGAAUACACCAAAAUAUAUUCUAAUCAUGUUAUGUGAUAUUUUCUCGCGUUUAUUGUUACGAAUAUUACCUAUUGUAUCUAUGAGUAAGAAAAGGCAUUAAUUACUGAAAGCUACACUUUGGCUUAACAUUGAUUUAAGUACGCUAAUAAACAAUUAGUUCUUUACGGAAAACAGAUUUUAUUGUAUGGAUU